ACACACACACACACACACGAGAACACGAGAGCUAGCCAGGCCUAUAAAUUCGGUUUCUCCAAGGCUUGUUGUUAGUUCCCGUCAACAUGUCGUGGUGAAAAGAACCUGUUACGCUGGCUUUUCCUAUACACAUCGAAAUGGAGGAUUAUUUGUUGAGAAUUUCAUGGGAUGGUGUAGACAGGUACUAAGCCAACGACCAUAAGAAAGCGAUUGUGCAACUGCCAACAAAGUGCUGUGAACGACUGUUAUUGUCACACCCUCGAACUUACACGAACCUGUGCAGCUGCAGUGAAUUAUAUAUACAUUUUUUUUUGCGAAUUAUCUGGUCUCACGUCUCUGCGUGCAAAGGAAAAACGUGAGGUUGAAAUCUUUGUCCUACUUUCCUGGCCAGCAACACACCGAAGGGAGAUAAGUGCGUACGGGAGAGGUCAGGUCUCUAUUUACCCUGCCGGUUUAUUUCCACUUGAUCUCCUCCUCCACCACCCUUGGACCCCCCUCUCGACCAGUGUGUUGUUGUUGUUAUCACGGAUGGACUGACCCCCCAAGGUCACCUUGUGUACCAACCGCCAGCCCCGGAUAUCUGUGUCCCCGCCACAGCACGACUGACUGACUGUCCUGGCACGGUGUCCGUAGCUCCAGCUCGUUGAGAGACUGCUGAUAAGAAAGAAGUGACAGAACGAACUCGAAACGAGAUACCGAGAACGUUUGCAUAAGUGAGAGACGAGAUUUGGGGAAAGAGAGGCCACAGAACUGGUUUACGGUCAACAACAACAGGAUAUUUCUGCACCACGAUCCUUUGGUGUGAAGACAGCCCAGCCACCUUAUUUCAACGACAGAUUUUGACAGAUUUUACUGACGCAACGGAAACUUUUGAGUGCUGAGCGACCAGUUUUUUAAGCAAACUUUAUUACAACUUACAUUUCAAUAUUGCUUUAGGACUUUGUUUCUAAGAAAAGAAAUUCCCACAUAUUACUGUUGACCAGUAUUUGUUUGUUUGAGAGCAGCUGUUCUGCUUAUGCCAUAAUAACCAAAAAACACAAGAGUACCCUGUGAUUGUUCAACACUUAUUCACCUUGAUAUAAUAUUUUGCCAUUUUUGCGUUUGCUUACAGAGUAUAAUCAGAACGCAGUUUAUUUAUACAUUGUUUAUCGUGCACUUGUUUGUGCCUUUAUAAUUAAUUGUGCUGUGAGCUAUCAUUUUGUCGCAUAAUUUCCAUUCAUCUUUUUAUCUGUAUUUUGUGACUGUCAAAGCCAAAGCCUUUCCAUCUACCCUAAGUUGUUCCAGAUUAUCAUCAAAAUGUCCAACUUUGUUGCUGAGUUCCCUGUCAAACAUCACACCUACCAAACUUACACAUGCCCCCCUGACACAGCCGGGGACUUUGUGGCCGAGUUUAGGAACACCCCCAGAAUGCCUUACUGUAACAGCCCCAGUCAGUUCGGACAGUUGUCCCCUGCAUACGUGGACUCGAGUCCAAAGUCUAACUUGUCAGGAGAAGAUGAUAGAGAAUUGUACGACUUACUUUCAGAUAAACAGUUCUCCAAAGAGCGCAUCACUGAGUUAUUACAGGGUUCUAUCCUUUCCCUCAUUGAAAAACUUUUAACUGGCCGUCAGAUAGCUCAAGUCAAAGGUCACAUCCAGGUGUCUUUGUGUAACGACAGAGUCCCCAUCUCUGUAUGUCUGGACGAGGUUUACAAUAACAUUUCAGGGCGGGAGACUGAGCUUGAAAAGGGUUUAAAUGUUAGGUUAAGGGACGGUGUGUCUCCUCAUGGCCCCUGUGUCCGGCUACAGAGCCCUGAUAGCGUCAUAUCAGAGGGGGACCACGUGGAACAAGUUCAGAAAUCGCACGAGGAGAUCAAUGAAGAAGGGAAGCAAAUGAGAAACUACCCCUUUGGAGAUCACGUGGCACAGAAUUGCUCAGCUGGUCACUUGAGUCAGGACUCGGAUGAUGUCAAGACACGACGGGACAGCGAUGAGGAGAGUGGCUACAAUAGUAACUCAGAACUAGGUCACAGAAGCCCACAACAGACUAAGAAAGAAGUCCCAGAGAACGAGGAACAAGGAUAUUUUGGCCAGCUGUACCCCGUAGAAUGUUGCAUGGACGAGAGUCCAGCCUUGAUGGAGCAAGAGAUCCGCGCGAAGAGAGAAUCGAGCCCUGAGAAAACCGAGUGCAUCAAGUCGCCAGAGGGCGUGACGGUCGAUGAUGCUGACGACGUAGUUGCUUCCUCUCUUGUGAUUGACCUUUCUGUCGACAACUCAGAAGAAUCCGCAGCCAAGCUGUCUGACUCAAACAGUCGCUUCUCAGAAAUGACGAGCGACGCCGAUGUCAAGCUAGCGCGUGUUCACGCUGACGAUGUCAAGGAGAGCUCAACCAUGGGCGAAUCCGCAGAGGAGACAACCCAAGGGACUCAGAGGAGAACAGAGCAGAUGACGUCAGAUGUAUGUCCAGAGAAUGUCGUACCCAUGAUCUGCAUGCCCGAGGAAAUAGAGGAAGUGGAGACAGAGCCCAGCAGUAGCUCAGACGGCACAGACUUUGAGACAGAUGUUCCAGUUGACCUGUCCGGAGACAACGAGAGCUCCAACACCACCUUCGUGACGCCACAUCCCCAGAGCAUGAUCGUCAAACUGCCCAAUGGACUCAUGUGCAAAAUGUGUCGUGAAAGUUUGCCCAACUCAGACGCUGUGGCCACCCACGCUUACGAGAAGCACAACCUGUUUAGCUGUUCGUUUUGCUUCAGGGCGUUCACGGCCAAGAAUAACCUAAAACGUCACAUUCGCCUUCACACCGGACUCCGACCCUACAAAUGUCCCCACUGCCCGCAUUCUUUCGCCAGGCGAGACGACCUCAAGGGCCACAUGCUGAGACACGACUACAGCAAACCAUUCCGAUGUGCCGUGUGCAAAAAAGGCUACACAGACAGGGCGUGUGUGAAGAAUCACAUGGCUAAAGAGCACGGCUCUCGUCUGAUGCACGUGUGCCCUCAGUGUGGCGAGAGCUUUGACAAUGAUGACGCUUUCUCCGCCCACAAAAAAUCCCACCCCGAGCUCAAGCAGUUUUCCUGCAAAGUAUGCUACUUCAUCGGCAACAACAACCUGAUGACGAUGAAGCACAGCCUGAUCCACGAGCAUAGUUUAUUCUCUUGCAAGCCUUGCAACGCCUACUUCGCCGACCCUUUCGACUACACCCAGCACGUGCGCAAACACAAGUCCAACAGCAAGUUCACCUCCUACGUGUGCUGCUUCUGCAAGAUGACGCUGUCGUCCUAUGAACAGUUUGUGCGCCACGAGUACUCACACGCACAAGGAAAGACGUAUUCGUGCAAGACUUGUAAGAAGCAGUUCAAGAGCAAGGCUUCACUCCAGGAGCACUCACUGGCACACGCGGACCAAACGCCUGAACGUAGCAGUGCCAAUGACGCGCCCGUUUCUGAUUGCAAGCCGUCCUCCAGUGGUGUUGAGCACAAGGAGAAAAUGACCACGGACUCCCCAGUUUUGCCGGCUUUCGCCAGAGACUCGUCACCUGCUAUCGAAAUGUCUUCUCAAAACAGGCAGGAGACCGUGCUAGAUUUGAGCUCCGCUAAGACUGAUGCUUACAGCUACAAGCCAGAAGACAGAGCAGAAGAAAUCUUAGACUUGAGGGUCAAGAAACCUCUCAGAGCUCAGUUGGAGAUUCCAGGAAAUGGACCAGAUGCCAGAAACCCUGCUGGCCGAUUUUGCCCCAGCCCCAGACCCGUUGAACUCCACCGUUGUUGUGUACCCAGAAAUGGCUGCACUUCCGAGUUUAUGGGCAAUGGAGAUGAGACGAAAUCCACAGGCAGCGAGUCUCUAGCUUGUGAGUCCAGAGAGUACAUGAGGACUUCAGGUCACAGCAAUGUCCUUGACUUGCCGGAAAAAUCUCCCAGUCCUGAAAUGGUUUGGUCUCGUGAUGCGAGGGACUUUGGUCCGGCGACGAUUCUGGUGGAUGAGAUUGACAUGGAGAUCAGAGAAAACGCUUCACCAGACAUCCCUCAAAGAGCGUACCUGGCCAGUAGACAGGAACUGAAGCAGAAGAUGGUGGCCCGCUCUAUGUCCGGCGGGUACUGGAACAAGUCCCCCUACAGGUUCAGCCCCUACUCCAGGAGCAAAAUCAUGGACUUGGCCUCCAAGUUUGUGGCCGCCAGAGGACCGCUGGUCACUGUCACUAAACCAGCCGGGGUGAAGAAUGUCUCUCCUUCAACACAAGACGUGAGCUCUGGGCAGAGGGGGAGAUCUAUGGUCCCUUGGCAGAUGCAGGAACGAAAAACCAGCAACGAGGGGAGUGUGGGGGAGAAGAAAACGCAGAGUCUGUUGUGUAAUGCUCUGACCGCUGCCCCGGACCAUUUUCUGGGCGUGGCACCAGUGCAGAAGCGCACAGAGAGCCCGUUCACCAGCCAACUUCCGACAUUCAUCAAGAGCGAGCCUAUCGGAGAGAGAGACUCACCACUUUACCAACAAAUACCCCACCCCUCAGCAGCGCCAAUUCUAAAAACAGACCCGAACGCCAGUGAUGUUUUGGAAGCUAGACCAAUGAACGCCACAACAACAAGCCACAGGUCGAAAGUUCACGAAUGCGACCUAUGUAAAGAUGUCUUCCCGUCCUUCCAAGAGCUGGAGAACCACAGUGUGGCCGUCCACAAACGCUACCUCUGUGAACACUGCGGCAAGAACUUCACCGCCAGACCAAAUCGUGACCGGCACGUCCGCUACCACACGGGGGAGCGACCUUACAAGUGUGACCUCUGCGACCAGGCGUUCUUCAGAGGGGAUGACCUCAAGUACCACCGUACCACACGCCACCCGUCCGCCCAGCCCUUUGUCUGCCCCAGGUGUCCAGCCACAUUCACCUGGAGCAGGGACCUGGAGAGACACAUCCGUCAGUCCAAGUGCAAGCUCUAGAACUUUCCACGAAUCAUAUUGAAAAGGCGGGGGGGGGGGGGGGAUGAAAAUUGAAGGGUCGUUUUACUACCAUCUAGACUUUGAUACUUAAAGAAAGGAAUGAGAAGAUACGUGUGCUAAGUAGCAGUCUAAAAAUGGGGCUUGCAAUACAACAUUUCGUUUUGAGAUCUGCCUUAAUUUCAUUUACGAUUAGAUAUUUGGAAAUGAAUCUAUGGUAUUUUAAAAAUGUAUUUUUACUCUUAUCUGGUAAAACUCGAAGACAGCAAUGAGUUCUGUGUUGUUAAAGCAAGAACAGGUAGUAGAACAUUCUGACUGUUACUUUAAUUUUGUCUGCCACGUCAGCCUUCCAAUAUUAUAUCUAACAUUCCAGUUUCUACCUGAAUCAGUGUAUUAUUAUGUUAUUGUUCUAAGUGCUUUCCUCAUAAUAAUUGCAUAUAUGAUAAUGUCAUAUUGCCCCUUAACUCAACUUUAAACAAGCUGGCGUCCACCUGCCUGCUGUUUACUUGCAUUGCAAUUAAUUAUAUUUGAUAUGAAAUACAGACCAGGCAGAAUAAAACAAACAAACAGACAGGCUAAAACAUCGCCCGCAACACCCCCCCCCCCCAAUUUCUUCCCUCCUCACACACUCACAAACACAUGCACAACCUCCUGAAAUGUGUUUUCCAUUAUAAAGAUUAUAAUAAUCUUGUGAGCUACACUCAUUAUUAUAUUAUAUUGCAUUGCUUUAAAGAAAUUAUUUUUUGCGGGCAUUUCAAGUUGCUUAAAUCGUUACUAUUGUUCGUACUGUGAGUUGUUUGCAGUAACGAUGAAGACUUCUAUGUUGUGCAGAAUACAGUGUUCUUUUUCCGCCAGUGUACAUGAUGUACUAUAUUACUUUUUUAAAAUGAAAGGAAACUGAACUGUUUUACUUUUUUUUUUCAACUUUCCAUUAAAAUUAAAUUUUGUUUCUUAGAGUAGGCGUUCUUAUUUUAUUCCUUGUUCGUUAUAAUUUUGCAUGGACCAGAAGAGAAGACAAAAACACAGAACGGGCUAUUUUGUGAAUUUAAUUUACACGAAACAAAAUGUUCUCUUCAUUGAAUUUUACAUUCCUCGAAUAAAACGGGAAGGAGACAAGUUUUCACCCAUUGUGGGUUAUAAAUUUCUGAAAGGUUCAUUAUAAUAAAUAAAAUACAAUUUUGUCUAGUGCCCCCUAAGGUGGGGGUCACGAACGAAAUUACGUGUAUUUCAUCUUUGUUGAAGAAAAUCGGAAAUGCAUAUAAAGCCAAAGACGAUGAUUUUUUUUCCUGUUAAAGUCUGGUAAAAUCAAGUCUGUUGAAUUUAUUCACGUUGUGUCUUACAUAAUUUUUGAAAAUAAUAAUCAUAAUAUCGACGAUAAUUGUCUGCAUUUUACGAACUGUUUAAUUUCAGAGAGAUGUGAUUUUUGUGACUGUCUUCAUGCAUUUGAAUAUAUAUAAUAUUAAUAUAAGAUCCUUUUGUUGUACCGUAUCUGUUUUGAUUCGUGCCUUUAGUGGGCUCUAUUCCACCUUGACAAAAAAGAAAUAUUCUGUGAUUCGGCUUCGAUGCUCUUGUUUUUUUUGUUCUUCAAAAAUGAUGAAUAAACAUGAUGUGUUGUUGGUU